UAAUACUACCCACCUGGGCUCUAGACCCUUCUCCAAAUGGGUUCUUUUCAGGCCAUGGAAGAAGACUCAAAAACCUCCUCAAAUGUCACCACUAGUGAGGACACCAAAGAGGAAACAGCAAAGGAUUCCAAGGUGGAGUUCUCUGAAGAUGAGGAGACACUCAUAGCUAGAAUGUUUAGAUUGGUGGGAGACAGAUGGAAUUUGAUUGCGGGAAGGAUCCCGGGAAGAUCUGCAGAAGAGAUCAAGAAGUAUUGGACUUCCAAGUCUGUCUCAUCGUCGACUAAACAACACGAUUGAGAGGAAGAGGCUGUGAAGACCGAAUAGAACUUCAUUGGCUUUAUCUUCAAACAAGUGUAAAUUCAUGUAACAUGUAGUGACGUUGUUGGUUGUUGGUUGCUGGUUGUUGAAAUGGGGAAGUAUUUGCAGUCAUGACAGUGAUUCCCAAAUCUUAAUACUUUUUAGUGA